GACUACGGAUAUGAUUCUGGAGCAGCAGGAGCAGCAGCAGCUGCAGCCGCAUCUGCCACAGGCGCUGGUAGUGCCGGAGGUGCUUACGGAUCAAGAUACGGACACGGAUAUGGUGUCGGAUCAGGAGCUUCAGCAGCCGCAGCUGCUUCCGCCGCAGCAGGCGCAGGUGGUGCAGGCGAUGCAUACGACUACGGAUACGAUUCUGGAGCAGCAGGAGCAGCCGCAGCUGCAGCAGGUGCUAGUGGUAUAGGAGGUUCAUCUGGAAGAGGCGCAAGCUAUCAGCAAUAUGUGUCAGGAUACGACUCUGACUCAGCAGGAGCAGGAUCUGCAGCAGCCGCCGCAGCCUCAGCUGCAGCAAGCGGAACAGGAAACUAUUAUGGACUUGGUUAUGGACUCGGAUCUGGAUCUGGUUCAGGAGCAUCAGCAGCCGCAGCAUCUUCCGCCGCAGCAGGCGCAGGUGGUGCAGGCGAUGCAUACGACUAUGGUUACAAUUCUGGAGAAGCAGGAGCAGCAGCAGCUGCAGCCGCAUCUUCCGCAGGCGCUGGUAGUGCCGGAGGUGCCUACGGAUCAAGAUACGGACAAGGAUCUGGUGCCGGUUCAGGAGCUUCAGCAGCCGCAGCAUCUUCCGCCGCAGCAGGCGCUGGUGGUGCAGGCAAUGCAUACGACUACGGAUACGAUUCUGGAGCAGCAGGAGCAGGAGCAGCUGCAGCCGCAUCUGCCGCAGGCGCUGGUAGUGCCGGAGGUGCUUACGGAUCAAGAUACGGACACAGAUCUGGUGCCAGUUCAGGAGCUUCAGCAGCCGCAGCUGCUUCCGCCGCUGCAGGCGCUGGUGGUGCAGGCAAUGCAUACGACUACGGAUACGACUCUGGAGCAGCAGGAGCAGCAGCAGCUGCAGCCGCAUCUGCCGCAGGCGCUAGUAGUGCAGGAGGUGCCCGCGGAUCAAGAUACGGACACAGAUCUGGUGCCGGAUCAGGAGCUUCAGCAGCCGCAGCUGCUUCCACCGCAGCAGGCGCAGGUGGUGCAGGCGAUGCAUACGACUACGGAUACGAUUCUGGAGCAGCAGGAGCAGCCGCAGCUGCAGCAGGUGCAAGUGGUGUAGGAGGUUCAUCUAGAAGAGGCGCAAGCUAUCAGCAAUAUGUGUCAGGAUACGACUCUGACUCAGCAGGAGCAGGAUCUGCAGCAGCCGCCGCAGCCUCAGCUGCAGCAAGCGGAACAGGAAACUAUUAUGGACCUGGUUAUGGACUCGGAUCUGGAUCUGGUUCAGGAGCAUCAGCAGCCGCAGCAUCUUCCGCCGCAGCAGGCGCAGGUGGUGCAGGCGAUGCAUACGACUAUGGUUACAAUUCUGGAGAAGCAGGAGCAGCAGCAGCUGCAGCCGCAUCUUCCGCAGGCGCUGGUAGUGCCGGAGGUGCCUACGGAUCAAGAUACGGACAAGGAUCUGGUGCCGGUUCAGGAGCUUCAGCAGCCGCAGCAUCUUCUGCCGCAGCAGGCGCUGGUGGUGCAGGCAAUGCAUACGACUACGGAUACGAUUCUGGAGCAGCAGGAGCAGCAGCAGCUGCAGCCGCAUCUGCCGCAGGCGCUAGUAGUGCAGGAGGUGCUUACGGAUCAAGAUACGGACACAGAUCUGGUGCCAGUUCAGGAGCUUCAGCAGCCGCAGCUGCUUCCGCCGCUGCAGGCGCUGGUGGUGCAGGCAAUGCAUACGACUACGGAUACGAUUCUGGAGCAGCAGGAGCAGCAGCAGCUGCAGCCGCAUCUGCCGCAUCUGCCGCAGGCGCUGGUAGUGCCGGAGAUGCUUACGGAUCAAGAUACGGACACGGAUCUGGUGCCGGAUCAGGAGCUUCAGCAGCCGCAGCUGCUUCCGCCGCAGCAGGCGCAGGUGGUGCAGGCGAUGCAUACGAAUACGGAUACGAUUCUGGAGCAGCAGGAGCAGCCGCAGCUGCAGCAGGUGCAAGUGGUGUAGGAGGUUCAUCUGGAAGAGGCGCAAACUAUCAGCAAUAUGUGUCAGGAUACGACUCUGACUCAGCAGGAGCAGGAUCUGCAGCAGCCGCCGCAGCCUCAGCUGCAGCAAGCGGAACAGGAAACUAUUAUGGACCUGGUUAUGGACUCGGAUCUGGAUCUGGUUCAGGAGCAUCAGCAGCCGCAGCAUCUUCCGCCGCAGCAGGCGCAGGUGGUGCAGGCGAUGCAUACGACUAUGGUUACAAUUCUGGAGAAGCAGGAGCAGCAGCAGCUGCAGCCGCAUCUUCCGCAGGCGCUGGUAGUGCCGGAGGUGCCUACGGAUCAAGAUACGGACAAGGAUCUGGUGCCGGUUCAGGAGCUUCAGCAGCCGCAGCAUCUUCCGCCGCAGCAGGCGCUGGUGGUGCAGGCAAUGCAUACGACUACGGAUACGAUUCUGGAGCAGCAGAAGCAGCAGCAGCUGCAGCCGCAUCUGCCGCAGGCGCUGGUAGUGCCGGAGGUGCUUACGGAUCAAGAUACGGACACAGAUCUGGUGCCAGUUCAGGAGCUUCAGCAGCCGCAGCUGCUUCCGCCGCUGCAGGCGCUGGUGGUGCAGGCAAUGCAUACGACUACGGAUACGACUCUGGAGCAGCAGGAGCAGCAGCAGCUGCAGCCGCAUCUGCCGCAGGCGCUAGUAGUGCAGGAGGUGCCCGCGGAUCAAGAUACGGACACAGAUCUGGUGCCGGAUCAGGAGCUUCAGCAGCCGCAGCUGCUUCCGCCGCAGCAGGCGCAGGUAGUGCAGGCGAUGCAUACGACUACGGAUACGAUUCUGGAGCAGCAGGAGCAGCCUUAGCUGCAGCAGGUGCAAGUGGUGUAGGAGGUUCAUCUGGAAGAGGCGCAAGCUAUCAGCAAUAUGUGUCAGGAUACGACUCUGACUCAGCAGGAGCAGGAUCUGCAGCAGCCGCCGCAGCCUCAGCUGCAGCAAGCGGAACAGGAAACUAUUAUGGACCUGGUUAUGGACUCGGAUCUGGAUCUGGUUCAGGAGCAUCAGCAGCCGCAGCAUCUUCCGCCGCAGCAGGCGCAGGUGGUGCAGGCGAUGCAUACGACUAUGGUUACAAUUCUGGAGAAGCAGGAGCAGCAGCAGCUGCAGCCGCAUCUUCCGCAGGCGCUGGUAGUGCCGGAGUUGCCUACGGAUCAAGAUACGGACAAGGAUCUGGUGCCGGUUCAGGAGCUUCAGCAGCCGCAGCAUCUUCCGCCGCAGCAGGCGCUGGUGGUGCAGGCGAAGCAUACGACUACGGAUACGAUUCUGGAGCAGCAGGAGCAGCAGCAGCUGCAGCCGCAUCUGCCGCAGGCGCUGGUAGUGCCGGAGGUGCUUACGGAAAAAGAUACGGACACAGAUCUGGUGCCAGUUCAGGAGCUUCAGCAGCCGCAGCUGCUUCCGCUGCAGCAGGCGCUGGUGGUGCAGGCAAUGCAUACGACUACGGAUACGACUCUGGAGCAGCAGGAGCAGCAGCAGCUGCAGCCGCAUCUGUCGCAUCUGCCGCAGGCGCUGGUAGUGCCGGAGGUGCUUACAGAUCAAGAUACGGACACGGAUCUGGUGCCGGAUCAGGAGCUUCAGCAGCCGCAGCAUCUUCCGCCGCAGCAGGCGCAGGUGGUGCAGGCGAUGCAUACGACUACGGAUACGAUUCUGGAGCAGCAGGAGCAGCCGCAGCUGCAGCAGGUGCAAGUGGUGUAGGAGGUUCAUCUGGAAGAGGCGUAAGCUAUCAGCAAUAUGUGUCAGGAUACGACUCUGACUCAACAGGAGCAGGAUCUGCAGCAGCCGCCGCAGCCUCAGCUGCAGCAAGCGGAACAGGAAACUAUUAUGGACCUGGUUAUGGACUCGGAUCUGGAUCUGGUUCAGGAGCAUCAGCAGCCGCAGCAUCUUCCGCCGCAGCAGGCGCAGGUGGUGCAGGCGAUGCAUACGACUAUGGUUACAAUUCUGGAGAAGCAGGAGCAGCAGCAGCUGCAGCCGCAUCUUCCGCAGGCGCUGGUAGUGCCGGAGGUGCCUACGGAUCAAGAUACGGACAAGGAUCUGGUGCCGGUUCAGGAGCUUCAGCAGCCGCAGCAUCUUCCGCCGCAGCAGGCGCUGAUGGUGCAGGCAAUGCAUACGACUACGGAUACGAUUCUGGAGCAGCAGGAGCAGCAGCAGCUGCAGCCGCAUCUGCCGCAGGCGCUGGUAGUGCUGGAGGUGCUUACGGAUCAAGAUACGGACACAGAUCUGGUGCCAGUUCAGGAGCUUCAGCAGCCGCAGCUGCUUCCGCCGCAGCAGGCGCUGGUGGUGCAGGCAAUGCAUACGACUACGGAUACGACUCUGGAGCAGCAGGAGCAGCAGCAGCUGCAGCCGCAUCUGCCGCAGGCGCUAGUAGUGCAGGAGGUGCCCGCGGAUCAAGAUACGGACACAGAUCUGGUGCCGGAUCAGGAGCUUCAGCAGCCGCAGCUGCUUCCGCCGCAGCAGGCGCAGGUGGUGCAGGCGAUGCAUACGACUAUGGUUACAAUUCUGGAGAAGCAGGAGCAGCAGCAGCUGCAGCCGCAUCUUCCGCAGGCGCUGGUAGUGCCGGAGGUGCCUACGGAUCAAGAUACGGACAAGGAUCUGGUGCCGGUUCAGGAGCUUCAGCAGCCGCAGCAUCUUCCGCCGCAGCAGGCGCUGGUGGUGCAGGCAAUGCAUACGACUACGGAUACGAUUCUGGAGCAGCAGGAGCAGCAGCAGCUGCAGCCGCAUCUGCCGCAGGCGCUGGUAGUGCCGGAGGUGCUUACGGAUCAAGAUACGGACACAGAUCUGGAUCUGGUUCAGGAGCAUCAGCAGCCGCAGCAUCUUCCGCCGCAGCAGGCGCAGGUGGUGCAGGCGAUGCAUACGACUAUGGUUACAAUUCUGGAGAAGCAGGAGCAGCAGCAGCUGCAGCCGCAUCUUCCGCAGGCGCUGGUAGUGCCGGAGGUGCCUACGGAUCAAGAUACGGACAAGGAUCUGGUGCCGGUUCAGGAGCUUCAGCAGCCGCAGCAUCUUCCGCCGCAGCAGGCGCUGAUGGUGCAGGCAAUGCAUACGACUACGGAUACGAUUCUGGAGCAGCAGGAGCAGCAGCAGCUGCAGCCGCAUCUGCCGCAGGCGCUGGUAGUGCUGGAGGUGCUUACGGAUCAAGAUACGGACACAGAUCUGGUGCCAGUUCAGGAGCUUCAGCAGCCGCAGCUGCUUCCGCCGCAGCAGGCGCUGGUGGUGCAGGCAAUGCAUACGACUACGGAUACGACUCUGGAGCAGCAGGAGCAGCAGCAGCUGCAGCCGCAUCUGCCGCAGGCGCUAGUAGUGCAGGAGGUGCCCGCGGAUCAAGAUACGGACACAGAUCUGGUGCCGGAUCAGGAGCUUCAGCAGCCGCAGCUGCUUCCGCCGCAGCAGGCGCAGGUGGUGCAGGCGAUGCAUACGACUAUGGUUACAAUUCUGGAGAAGCAGGAGCAGCAGCAGCUGCAGCCGCAUCUUCCGCAGGCGCUGGUAGUGCCGGAGGUGCCUACGGAUCAAGAUACGGACAAGGAUCUGGUGCCGGUUCAGGAGCUUCAGCAGCCGCAGCAUCUUCCGCCGCAGCAGGCGCUGGUGGUGCAGGCAAUGCAUACGACUACGGAUACGAUUCUGGAGCAGCAGGAGCAGCAGCAGCUGCAGCCGCAUCUGCCGCAGGCGCUGGUAGUGCCGGAGGUGCUUACGGAUCAAGAUACGGACACAGAUCUGGUGCCAGUUCAGGAGCUUCAGCAGCCGCAGCUGCUUCCGCCGCAGCAGGCGCUGGUGGUGCAGGCAAUGCAUACGACUACGGAUACGAUUCUGGAGCAGCAGGAGCAGCAGCAGCUGCAGCCGCAUCUGCCGCAUCUGCCGCAGGCGCUGGUAGUGCCGGAGGUGCUUACGGAUCAAGAUACGGACACGGAUCUGGUGCCGGAUCAGGAGCUUCAGCAGCCGCAGCUGCUUCCGCCGCAGCAGGCGCAGGUGGUGCAGGCGAUGCAUACGACUACGGAUACGAUUCUGGAGCAGCAGGAGCAGCCGCAGCUGCAGCAGGUUCAAGUGGUGUAGGAGGUUCAUCUGGAAGAGGCGCAAGCUAUCAGCAAUAUGUGUCAGGAUACAACUCUGACUCAGCAGGAGCAGGAUCUGCAGCAGCAGCCGCAGCCUCAGCUGCAGCAAGCGGAACAGGAAACUAUUAUGGACCUGGUUAUGGACUUGGAUCUGGAUCUGGUUCAGGAGCUUCAGCAGCCGCAGCUGCUUCCGCCGCUGCAGGCGCAGGUGGUGCAGGCGAUGCAUACGACUAUGGAUACAAUUCUGGAGCAGCAGGAGCAGCAGCAGCUGCAGCCGCAUCUGCCGCAGGCGCUGGUAGUGCCGGAGGUGCCUACGGAUCAAGAUACGGACAAGGAUCUGGUGCCGGUUCAGGAGCUUCAGCAGCCGCAGCAUCUUCCGCCGCAGCAGGCGCAGGUGGUGCAGGCGAAGCAUACGACUACGGAUACGAUUCUGGAGCAGCAGGAGCAGCAGCAGCUGCAGCCGCAUCUGCCGCAGGCGCUAGUAGUGCAGGAGGUGCCCGCGGAUCAAGAUACGGACACAGAUCUGGUGCCGGUUCAGGAGCUUCAGCAGCCGCAGCUGCUUCCGCUGCAGCAGGCGCAGGUGGUGCGGGCGAUUCAUAUGAUUACGGAUACGGUUCCGGGGCAACAGGAGCAGCAGCAGCGGCAGCAGGUGCAAGUGGUGAUGGUAGCGCUUACGGAUCAGGAUUAAGACUAGGAGCCGGUAUCGGUUCUGGUGAAUCAGGAGUGGCAGCUUCUACCGCAACAGGGGCUGGUGGUGCAGAUGAAUACGGAACCGGUGCAGCAUCAGCAGCGGCAGUAGCAGCAGCUGACAAUACAGCACUUGGAUUUGGUCGAUCUCGAGGUCCCGGUCGAUCACGUCACGCACAUAAAAGUUCAGUAGUAACAUCAACUCAUAAGACACCGGGUAAAAAGAUUUUGAUCGAAGAAAGUUCAGUAGAAGUAUCGACGACCGUUAAUACUUCCGCAUCAAGUGAAGAAGAAGAAAGUUACGACUUGAUUGCAUCAGCAGCUCCUUCAGCCACAGCCGCGGCGGCAGCUGUAGCACGUGGCACUGCAGAUCGUGGAAGUAAUUAUCAACAGUAUGUGUCCGGAACAGGUUCCGGAGAAGCAGCGGCAGCUUCAGCGGCUGCAGCGGCUGGAAGUGCUGGCGCUUUACAUGGGUCAGGAGCAAGACGUGGAGUUAGUGUAGGUUCAGGCGCAGCAGCAGCUUCAAGUGUCUCGUCGGGACCGAGCUAUGUAAGCAACUAUGAGUCAAGUUAUGUAGUAGGUGGUGACUCUGUUGCCACAGCUGGUGCUUCUACAGCGGCUUCUGGUGCAAGUAGAUCAUUCCGUGGACCGGGUCGUAAGAAUUGUCGUAUCACCCGUAAACAACUUUUGGUAAAGCUGGGAACUAGAAGCCAGCCUUGUCUUACUUGCUAAUUUAUAUUCCUGUUUUAUUUGCUUCAAUUUCUUUUGUUUGGGUACAUCUUCUUUAUGUAAUAAAUUUUGUUUGCAAUGAAAAAA